UAAACGAAGAUAUAUUAUAUCUCUCUCUGUCGCGCGAUUUGGCAAGAAAAUGGCGUCGCUUCUCAUAUGGCGCCACUCUGAUUAGAGGCUCUCUAUGUGUAUCAGUGUGUAUAUAUUCUCUUUGGGCAGUGUUGAUGCUUAUGAAAAAAAAAGAAUAUAAAUGUUAAGUUUAUUUUCUAUUCUUACAUUAGACUACCGCACUAAAACUUUUUCUCCCUUUUGCCAAAUAUCAACAUACCUAUUUCACUUGAAGUGCAAAAAGUACAUUAGUUCAGGUAUAGAAAACAGUGUACGAACGUAAAUAAUAGAGAUCAUAAAUAAAUCAAGAAUGACUACUGAUUGUGCAAUUAGUAAUGAACAAGUAAUUUUUGUUACGGGAGGUUAUGAUCAUACCAUCAAAAUAUGGCAACCGCAUACGGGUGUUUGUCAACGAACGUGUCAACAUACGGAUUCUCAAGUCAAUGCAUUGGAUAUCACACCAGACAAGUAUGUUGUAGCUGCUGCUGGAUAUCAGCAUAUACGGAUGUAUGAUCUAGCUUCAAAUAAUCCUAAUCCAGUUAUCAACUAUGAAGGAGUAUCAAAAAAUAUCACCAGUUUAGGUUUUCAGGAAGAAGGAAAAUGGAUGUAUACAGGAGGAGAAGAUUGUUCUGCAAGAGUAUGGGAUUUGAGAUCUAGCAGUUUUCAAUGCCAAAGAAUAUUUCAAGUGUCUGCACCUGUAAAUUGUGUGUGUUUACAUCCCAAUCAAGCAGAACUAAUUGUUGGCGAUCAAAGUGGAGUCAUACAUUUAUGGGAUCUUCGUUCCGAUCACAAUGAACAAUUAAUUCCCGAAGCUGAAUCUUCGAUUCAAGAUAUUACAAUAGAUCAAGAUGGCACUUACAUGGCAGCAGUAAAUAACAAAGGACAUUGUUAUAUUUGGACCCUUUUAGGAGGCAUUGGAGAGGAACCUACAAAACUUAAUCCUCGUCACAAACUUUUAGCUCAUAAACGCUAUGCCCUCCGUUGUAAAUUCAGUCCUGAUUCUACAUUGUUGGUAACAACGUCAGCUGAUCAGACUGCGCGAGUAUGGAGAACAACAGACUUUUCCGAAGUACAAGUACUUCAGCAUGAGGCAAAGCGUUGGGUUUGGGAUGCGGCAUUCAGCGCAGAUUCUCAAUAUAUAUUUACUGCUUCUUCGGAUGGAGUUGCAAGAUUAUGGAAUGCGUCUACAGGAAUAAUAGAACGAGAAUAUCAAGGGCAUCAAAAAGCUGUCACAGCUCUUGCUUUUCGUGAUGAAAUUGUUUCUGCGAGUUAGGAAUAAAAUGUAGUUUUUUUAAAUAUUUAGUUUUUUUAAUGAAAAUAUGUUUAAAAUUUAAGAUUAUAUGUUAUUUAUAUAUUACA